CGGACAUACGAAAAAAUUUCAUAAACCAAACACCAACAGUACCCUCUCAUUUCCUCGCUUUCUCAUGAGUUCUUGCAAGUUUCCUGAGAAAAGAAGGCUCGAUGUGUCGUCUGAGACCAUCUCUAUAGACCCUAAACUUAAAACUAAAGCAAAGGAAAUAGUAAAUGCGUUUAUAUCAACUACAAAGGAAGAUACAGGCAGUGAAUGUGAUGUCAUAAGAAAUUCUUAUUCCAGCAGUGAUGUGAAAUUGUCGGGUACAUGGAGUGAUAGAUCUGAUCAAAUAAAAUCAAAUCUCCUCAAAGAGAUCUCAUCACUCAAAAGACGUCUUAAAUUCAAUGAGGAGCGUCUCGUAACAAAACGUGAUUCGCUUUUACAAUUCAUACGACUAGCCCGAGCUAACUCUCUACUAGCUGCCGAUCUAUUGCACGAGGGAAGAGGAGGUGUGUCUGCUGGGCGUGGCCAGUUGCUAAGGAAACAAAGGAUCAGAUGCUGUAAAGUGAUUAGUGGAAAGCAAUGCAAUGAGACUGCAUUACUGUAUACUAGAUAUUGCUUAGGACACAUUACCGAAGACAAGCGUCAAGUACUAUACCAGUGUUGUUCUUCAAUGGAUGCUGAUACUUCUACCAAAUGCAAUAGACCAGUUCUGGAGAUACUGCAAGAUAAGCCUCACUGUCUGAAGCAUAUCUCAGAGACAAAGAAAACAAUGGUCAAGCUGCCUUUACCGUCCAACAAGACUCAAGGCCCGGGACUAAAGCACAGGGUAUCCCCAGGACUACAGAAGAUUAGGGUUCAUGAUACUAUCAAGAGGGCAUCAGCAUUGGGUCUACCGUCACCACUCCAGCCACCGCCUCCUCUCUCUUCUUCUUUCCUCCCUCCUCCUCUUAGUGCAACAUGGAGUCUGACUGAGAGUGAAAGGAACAACAGGACAGGUUUGGGUUCGCCUACUAAAGAAAUAAUUUCGCCAUCUCCAACGCCUCAAACAAGUGAACUCUCUCCCUUUUCUCUUGAUACGACUAAUCUCCUGCCCCCUCCUCCCCCCGUCCUGUUGCUCCCCCCAGACCCAACCCCUGGGAGCUUUUUCGAUGAUGAUACUUCAUCGGACGAAGUCAAUUGACAUGAAUUAAUUGAUUCAACAAUUAUUAUUAUUUUACUUUUUUUAAUUAUCAAUAAUAUAAU